GAAAAGAGUGAAAAGUAAAAUAAUAACAAAUAAAAAUGUAGUUUGUGAUGAUCAAUGAUUAAAUUAAAAAAUUGAGGACUUGGCUUGGUUCCAUAAAAUAAGUGUGUAUAAUAGAGUUCAUUUAAACAUUUUUCUUAAUAAAUAACAAUAAAAUAUGCCCGUUUCGUGCCCUACAAAUAAUACCUCAGUAGAAAAAUUCUGGAUCCCAUUGUUCGACGAUCAAACUCUUGAUCUUGAAUCAAAGAAAAAGUCCCAAUUGCUAGUUAUUGAAUAUCUACAAGGUUUUCAAUUAUUGAGGACUGAAAUGAUCUGCCAUAAAUGCAUAGCGAUGAGUGGCGUGCUUAUUCAGGUACAUUUAUUCAAUUAGGCUUUAAAAAGUAUCAUUAGGUUUGGAUCAAUUGGAUUAUAUUCAUAAGACGGUCAACCAUCAAGAAUUUUUUAUUAAUCCGAAUAAUGGAGCAAAUACUCAACAGAUAGAGGCUUUUUGGAACAGAUUACGCUUUAGAAUGGUUCGUCAGAUGAGACAUAUAACUAAGAACGAAUUACCUAAGUAUUUAACCUUUUAUUGGUUUUUGUCACUUCAUUAUAAUCCCAUA